GCAUAUCUUCUGCUUGCUUUCACUGGCGGUAGCACUGCAGUCAAUCGCCCAAGGCACGGCAAAUUCCUCUGCUAAGCCUGGCUGCGAAAGCAGAUGUGGAAAUAUAGAAGUUCCAUACCCGUUUGGAAUCGGUAACGGAUCGGUUUGUUCCCUGAACUCGCGGUUUAAUAUUCAGUGUGAUACUUCUGUUAACCCUCCAAAACCCUACCUUGGUACGACAGGCAUUGAGGUUACCAGAAUAUCAGAAUCUGCAAUCUAUCUUAAGUACUUUGGCCGGAUGGCGAUUGCCUGCUAUGAUAUGCAAUUCUAUAACAAGACUACGGAUUUACCUUUAGAAUUGAACUUUACAUCUGUUCCUUUUACCUUGUCUGAUGCAAAUCAGAUCAUAUCUUUUGGCUGUGAUGACUUGGUUAGUGUACAAGGAGUAUCCAAUUCAAACCGAAGUAACUUCAUCGAUGGUUGUGUGUCGUCCUGUUCUCAGCCUGAUGGGAUCGGACAAUGUCCAGGCAACGGCUGUUGCCAGACCUCCAUACCUAAAGGCACUGUUUCCCUCAGUCCCAACCUGUCUGACGUCCACAGUCAUUGGCGAAGAGAAAGCAAACUUUUCCCUUGCAGCUUUGCCUUCGUUGGAAUGAUGAAUACUACUAUCCGUAAUUUUACUUUCCGUUUAUCAGAUCUCAAUGAUUCAAUAACAUUUCUAAAUAAUACAAUGUUAACCGAUAUGCCAUUGGUGUUGGACUGGAAGAUUGGUUCCAGAAAUUGCACCGAAGUACAAAAUUCGACAGAUUAUGCGUGUCAAUGGAAUAGUAAAUGCGUUGAUUCCGAUACCGGCAUUGAAGGAUACCGCUGCAGCUGCUGGGAAGGAUACGAGGGGAACCCUUAUCUCAGUCCAGGAUGCACUGAUAUCGAUGAAUGCAAAAAUGAAUUCUAUAAUUCAUGUGUCUCAAAUGGGAUUUGCACCAAUACUCAGGGUUCUUAUAGAUGUUCCUGCCCCAAGGGUUAUUAUGGUGAUGGAAUGAAAGAUGGUAGAGGUUGUUUCCGGGUGCCAGGACCCAAAGUGGCAGUAGGAGCAGGUUUGGGCUCUGUAAUGGGAUUACUUCUACUAUUAUCAACUUGCUUCUGGUUGCACAAGUUUCAGAAGAAGAGAAAGAUCAAAAUGCGCGAUGAAAAAUUCUUUAAACGAAAUGGAGGACUUUUGCUACAACAACAAAUAUCAACCAACGAACACAUACUCGAGAAAACAAAACUUUUCACUUCUAAAGAACUAGAGAAAGCAACCGAUCACUUCAAUGAAAGUCGAAUACUUGGCCAAGGAGGACAAGGGACAGUUUAUAAAGGUAUGUUAUCAGAUGGGAAAAUCAUAGCAAUCAAGAAAUCCAUAUUGGUAGAUGAAAACCAAGUGGAGCAGUUCAUUAACGAGAUUGUCUUACUCUCACAAAUCAAUCAUAGGAAUGUAGUGAAGCUACUAGGAUGUUGUUUAGUAACAGAAGUUCCUUUGUUAGUUUAUGAAUUCAUCUCCAAUGGAAACCUUUUCGAUCAUAUCCAUGAUGAUAGUCCUGACUUCCCAUUUUCAUGGAAUAUGCGCUUGAAAAUUGCACUAGAAGUUGCCGGAGCACUUGCCCAUCUUCACUAUGCAACUUCUCUUCCAAUCUAUCAUAGAGAUAUCAAGUCUAGUAACACACUUUUGGAUGAAAAGUAUGUAGCCAAAGUUUCAGACUUCGGAAUUUCAAGGUCAAUUGCAGUCGAUCAAACUCAUGUAACAACCAUAGUGAAAGGGACAUUCGGAUAUCUUGAUCCCGAAUACUUUCAAUCCAGUCAAUUGACAGAAAAAAGUGAUGUUUAUAGUUUUGGAGUUGUUCUUGUUGAGCUUUUAACUGGGAAAAGGCCAAUUUCUUCCGAUAGAACAGAAAAGGAAAAAUGUUUGGCAACACGAUUUCGAUCAUGCAUGGAAAGGAACAAUCUUGAAACAAUUCUUGACUCUCAGAUUUUAAAGCAAGGUGGGAGAGAAGAGCUUAUUGCAAUUGCUAAACUUGCACAAAGAUGCUUAAAUUUGAAGGGAAAGAAUAGGCCAACUAUGAAAGAAGUAGUAUUGGAGUUAGAAGGUAUUAGAAUGUCUCAAACAUUUUUGACUAACAUAGAAACUACAUUCCAAGGGGUAAAUUUGCACAAAGAAAAAUCAAUGUUGCUCUCGAAUGAUGACUACACAUGGACAAGUACGAUUGACAGCACCAUCUCAUCAUUAGAUGUCACUCCCUUAGUGGUUAACACAAUUUGAUUCUUAAUGCCAUUUAUCAGCAUUUAUGUGUUUUUGUUAUGUUUGUUGAUGAAAGAAAUGUUAGAUUUUUAUUUUUGGUAUAGAGUUUAUGGCCUUUUGUUGAUUUCCAAGUCAUGAAGCAGAUGCUAAGGUUACGUGUGCAUUGUUCUAAACUAUUUAAGAAAUAUAUAUUUUAUGUUUAUCGUA